UAGAGGAGGCAAUUAACGUUAAUGAUCCCGGUGAUGCUGUAAGGGUCGAGUGCAACAAUGACCAGUGUUCCUAUGGGAAUUGGAUGCACAGAGAGUGUUUUGAUGCCUGGGAGGAGACAGUGUUGUCUUUCCUGCGCUCAUGUGGAAGAGCAAGAAGCUGGAGCGAAAAGCAGCGCUUGCAAAAUCUGUGGACCAAGAAAGGUUAUGAUCUUGCAUUCAAGGCUUGUGAUUGUAAAUGUGGCAAAGGGCAUCUCCGCAAGGACUUGAAUUAUAUACCCAAAACCAACACAGCCCAGAAGCAAAAGAAACACAAGAAGAAAACGGACAAGGCCCUACCAGUUAUCAACAAUUCCAGCAAGCUUCAACAACAUCAUUGCAACAGCAGCAAUGCCAAUGUUGGUGGAGGUAGCAAUGGCAAUGGUGGAUAUGGCCAUCAUACCAACAAACCAAAUUUACAUGUACGUAUACGUGCUGGAAGCCUAGGCAGCACAGGGUCAAUCUCUCCCACCUCCUCCAGUCCUCCUCUCUCCUCCACUCCUCCAGUCCUGUUCACAGGGAGCAGCAACAACAACAACACCAAUCAUGUCAACAAUAACAUCCUCAAGAAAGUGGUCAGUCCUCGGUUGGACAACAUGUUUGCCGACCCUGGUCAGGCAGCCACGGGGAACAUCUUCAAACGUCGCCCAGACUUGACAGCGUUCAACACGCUUCCCCGUUACCAGCAAAACCCCUAUCACAUCAAAAUGGAAGAUGAAGGCCCCCAUGGGAAUGAUGACAUGCGCUGCUUCAUACUGGCCAACCUAAGUACAUACAAGUGUACCUCUGUGCCAUGUGUGUUAUGUGGAAGUGAUCUGCCUGUGUUUGAUCGUUACCCUCUCAUUGAUGGCACUUUCUUCUUGUCUCCACUGCGAUACAAUAACGAUAUAAAAGUAGAAGCAGAUGGUCGAGUGCAAUACUUGAAUGCAGCAUGUAUGAGCUGCCUAGAGGGAGGAUGUGAGCUUCGUUGCUGUGCAUGCCGCAAGCGUUGGUAUGGUAACACCCUACUGCUAGGGGGCAUGUAUUCCUACGACAUAUUUGCUGCCAUGCCAUGCUGCCAAAUGCGCCUGACAUGCAAAUCGUGUCGUCGUAUCAUCCUAGAUGCUUCCACAGGAGGGCUGCAGUUCUACAGUCAGUACAGCCGCAGUAUAUCAUGCCCAGCAUGUAAGAACCAAGAUUACCAUUUUGUCAAACCACUUCAGGAAUGCUUCCUGGCAAAGCAGCAAACUAUAUGGAACUGUUGAUUAAACUAGAGUCAUUAAUUUGAUAUAUACAAAACAUCCUGUGUCAGCAUAUAAGAUAUAUGUAAGGUAGGCUAUUUUUUCUUGUAUUUUUACCUGUGCAGAUAUGCAACAGAUGAACAUUUACCACAGCAUUUUUAUAACCCCUCGAGCUUGUGUUUAAGCUUGCAGUUUUGAACUUUUUUUCUCAAUGGUUAUUGUAAAGGUGGUAAAGAUUACAAAUAUGGUGUAAGCUAUGCAAAUGAUGAAAGAAACUUUAAAAUCAUCAUUUCAAAAAUUGUAUGGUGAAACUCUGUCAAGAUUUUUCACUAUCAUUUGAUAAACUCGAUGACAACUUUUACUAGGAUUCCAGGUGUAAAGUUUCCCAAAGCUAUCCUAAGCUAGCUGCUAGGUAUAAUAUAGUAUCAUUUGUGAAGUCCAUCAUGUGUUUUAAAUGGAAGAUUUAGCAAAUGAAGUCUUGAAAGGAAACCUUGGAUAGAUCUGCUUUAAAAAGGCCAGCAUUAUAAACCAUUAGCUUAGAUUGCUGUGUAAAUAAUGAUCCUGAUUACUUUGUCUCUCAACAGGCAGCACAAAUAUAUAGUAAUUGUUUGCUAAAUUAUUUACAUACUUAUGCAAAUUCAGCUUUACUGUGUCAGAUUCCACUGUGUAGACACACACGUACAAGUGUGGCUAUAUUUGGCCUUUUUUAAUUUUUUUUUUUGCAAACGUAGUAUUGGAGGAACGUUUCCUCUUAAACCAUGUAUAUAUUAAGCUGGUAAUUUACUUUUUGACUUUUCGCAGGUGUCAUGAUUUAUAGUCUGAAACAAUACCUUUCAGUUGAAUUGUUUUCAUCUGUUAUAUGGGUCAGAUCAGAUCAAAGAAGCUUAUACUGUGCCUGAUUUGGACCCUAGAUCAUGUAAGCAGUUGUUUGGUCAUUUUGUUGGGAGUAGUCUUGAAUUUUUAAAAUAUUUUGUCAGAAGAGACUACAUCUCUUCAUGUUGUUUUUUUCAACAAAUGUACAUUUUUGUAUCUUCUUUUUUUCCUUAUCGAUUGUGGAAAGCUGUGUGAUUGCUUAAAAUGUGCCUUUUCUGUAAUUGUUCUAGAAAUAGGAAGAGCGGUGGAUUAGGUACUUUUUAUUUAACAAAAUGUAAAAGCAGCAGUCAAAGAAGCACUGAAAAAAUUCCCCAUGAUAUGUUUUGAUUAAUGUUCUAGAAAUAGGAAGAGCGGUGGAUUAGGUACUUUUUAUUUAACAAAAUGUAAAAGCAGCAGUCAAAGAAGCACUGAAAAAAUUCCCCAUGAUAUGUUUUGAUUAGUGGAUAACAGGGUGUUUGCUUCAUUGCUGACUAAAACAUAAACUGUACAAUGUAACCUGAAGCUUUUCAAACUGGCAGAUUUUGAUUGCGCUGUGGCAUGGGUUAUCAAUUGCAGUGUUGCUGCUUUGUCUUUUGUUUUCAACAUUACUAUUUACUUUGUACCAUGAAGGAGACUGCAACCUUGGACUGGUUUGAUGUUUUGUUUGACAGCUAAGGUUGCACUUAGUACAAAGCUGUGUAGGUAAAUGUAAUUAGUACAUAUUUCUCUACAAAUAUAAUAUUUAAUUUAGAAACAGUUAUGUAAAUGUUUGUAUACAUAUUAAUGAGAUUUUGGUAGUUUCAAGACAAGCAGAAGGCUUACACUGUCACAUCAUUGUAAGCUACACAAUACAUUUAAAUUUUUUUAACACGAGCUCUUUCUCAUGACAUAAAUAAAAUAUGCUAGAAUGAGCCUUGGAAAGAAGUGAUUAAAUGAUGUUAUAUUUGAAAUUUUCAAAACUGUAAUCUGAAAAUUUAUUAUUUUGAAUGUUAAAUAUUUUACUAUAAUUAUAUAUUUCUGAAAAACAAAAAGGAAAGCCAGUGAGAGACCAGUGACUAUUUAGUAUUAUUAGAACUACUUGUACUUUGUCUAUUUUUUCCUCUUACCUCUGCCAAGACUAUGUUGGUUUGUUAUUUAACAGACUAAUUCAUGAAGGUAUAGGUGGAUAUUGAUAAGAUUUUCACAAUAGUUCAGAAAUGGGCUACCUUAAUUGAUCAGAUUUUGAUGGUGAUCCAUUAAUAAAUUAAUAGGUUAGCAAUGAGAACUGAGCUGACUUGACGGAGGGCUGUCCACUUUCAGUGCUUUUUAGUUUGAAAUAAAAUCAAGAAUUUGGAAUACUG